UAUCCUAAACAAAAAAACAUAAUUAAUGUUCUUAAACAUACGUGUUGUUGGCUUUUAUUAAACUUAAACUGAUAUUAAUUGUCAAACACGUCAAUCAUAAUGUUUUGUUUGAAAUAAUUUCUGAUGUCAUUUUGCAUUUAAAUUAACGCAAGCAAUACCCAAAUCAUCCACUUUUUAUACUGUAGUUAUUUGCUAAUAAAACCCUUCAUUUAGUCACCAUGGAAGGAUUUUUAUCUCAAUUUUGUGUACUUUUGUUAUUUCUGAGUGACAGUAUAGUGUCUGAGGCAACAAAAUAUCCUCAUGUCACUUGCGGAUCAGUUGUGAAAUUGGUCAACAAAAAUUUCCAAGUCAGACUUCAUUCCCAUGAUGUUAAAUAUGGUUCUGGUAGUGGUCAACAAUCUGUUACUGGAACAUCAGAGAAAGAUGAUGUCAACAGCUACUGGUCUGUUAAAGGUCUUGUAAAUGAGCCUUGUAAAAGAGGGGAACCUAUCGCUUGUGGAGCCAAAGUACGCUUAGAGCAUAUUAUUACGAAAAAAAAUUUGCAUAGUCAUCUAUUUAAAUCGCCAUUAUCCGGUAAUCAAGAGAUAAGUGCUUUUGGAGACAAUGGAGAAGGUGAUUCAGGUGAUAAUUGGACAGUUGUUUGUAGUGACGAUUUUUGGGAAAGAGAUUCCUCAAUAAGAUUCAAACAUCUCGACACAGAGGCAUGGUUGGGUGUAUCAGGUCGAACAUAUGGGCGACCAAUUCAUGGCCAAGCUGAAGUGGUGGCAACAUCUUAUCCUGAUGGUUCUAGUUAUUGGGAAGCCAAAGAAGGCGUCUUUGUUAUACCAACCGAAGCCAAGGAUUUUAGUAAUACUAUUAAAGAUGAACUGUGAUUCUUUUCUCCAAUUAGAUAACAUUAAAUUAAUUUAUUCAUUAUUUUCAUCGUAC